AUGACGAAGCUCAUGCACAGUUAUCGGAUGGUGCAGAUCGCACGGUGCUGCGGCCAAUUUGGCCAUGGAGCUACCUUGACUAUUGGCCAAUUAAUUAGCCAAUUCCAGAGCUCGGAAGGCCUGGCCUUCGAAUCAAGCUUCGACAAGCAGCUCCCGAUCAUGAGACGGUUCGGUAUUCACGCUCUUCGAGCGUUGAGACCGCCUAGAUGGCCUCUUUUUCCUCCUUCGGAAUGGGUCUGUUCAAGCUGCAGAGGACAAAUUGGCCGCCAACUCCGCUGGAACAGCCAGAAUGGGCCGACAAACGAGAAGCCCUUUUACAUUACGACGCCCAUCUUCUACGUCAACGCCGCUCCCCAUAUCGGUCAUUUAUACUGCAUGGUUCUUGCCGACGUGUUGAAGCGAUGGAAGCAGAUCGACGGCAAGCAGGCCGUCCUCUGCACCGGCACCGACGAGCAUGGCAUGAAGAUUCAACGAGCGGCAGCGAAGGAGAAUAUGCCGCCCAAAGAGUUUUGCGACCACAACUCGAACAAGUUUCGUUCGCUCGCCGCGUCGGCAGCCAUAUCGUACGACUCCUUCAUCCGAACGACCGACGACGAACACAAGGAGGCUGUCAAGCACUUUUGGCUGCAGCUCAAGCACAGCCUACCGGAGAGAAUGGGUCUCUACAAAGGCUCGCACGAAGGGUGGUAUUGCGUCAGUGACGAAUGCUUUUACCCCGAAGACGUGGUGCAGCCGAGCAUCGUUCCGCAGACUGGCAAGAAAAUAAUGGUCAGCUCCGAGACGGAAAAUGAGGUCGAAUGGGUCAAGGAGGAGACGUGGUUCUUCCCGCUAUCCAAGUACAAGGAACGCCUGCUCAAGUUUUACGACGAGAAUCCCAACUGGAUCACGCCAGCGCAUCGGAUGAAUGAGGUUCGAGAUUGGGUGGAGAACCACCUCGAGGAUCUGUCGGUCACUCGACCCGUCUCGCGGCUGAGCUGGGGUAUACCGGAUCCAGAGGACAAGCAGCAGACGAUCUAUGUCUGGGUGGAUGCCUUGAUCAACUACCUAACAAAAGCGGGCUACGGAGCCAAGUGGUAUUCGAGCGAGGACAGCAUGGGCAUCUGGCCAGCCGAUGUUCAGGUCAUCGGCAAGGACAUUCUGCGCUUUCACGCCAUUUACUGGCCCGCGCUGCUCAUGGCGUUGGAUAUUCCUCUCCCGAAGCAGAUCGUAUGCCACAACCACUGGACCAUGUCGAAUCGCAAAAUGUCCAAAUCGCUCGGCAACGUGGUCAAUCCUUUCUUCGCCGUCGAGCGGUGGGGCGUUGACCCGCUGCGCUACUUUCUCAUGCGCAACGGCAGCUUUAGCAAGGAUAUGGGAUACUCGAAUCAAAUCAUCGGGUCUGUGUACACGAAGGAGUUGCAGGCGAACAUAGGGAACCUGUUUUAUCGGAUCGCGCGACCCAAGGUCAACGCGAAGUGGUCGACCGAGGAGGCAGUCAAGACUUACCGAGAAGGGGGGUUCCACGAUUUGGCGAGGUUCGAAGAUGCAGAUCAUAGCAAGUACUUCGGCCUAGAGUCAUAUCUCGAGUCGGUGACGGCGGCGUUCCGCGAUGAGAUGGAGAGCGCCAACACGGGUGGCGCUAUUCGAGAGAUCUUCCAUCUCCUCCGAGAGACAAACCGAUACGUGUCCGAUACGGAGCCUUGGCAGCUGGUGAAGAGGGCCGGGUCGGAGUCGCGCACGCUCCUCAACUGGAUCAUCUACAACAGCGCAGAAGCGCUUCGGAUUGCGGGCAUCCUGCUGCAACCGAUGAUGCCCACCAAAGCGACCGAGCUCCUGGACGAGCUCGGGGUGAAGCCCGAGCGACGGACGGUGCAGUACGCGCACAAAGGCAAGGACGCCGACUACGGAACGGCGGCGGGGCGAAGUCAGGACGCGCCCAGGAUCAAGAAGUGGGACACCCUCUUCCCGCCGACUCCGAGUGCGAACGAUUCGGAUGUCGAGGUCAGGAGGCAGCUGAGGGAGAUGCUGCUUCACAAGACCAAGAACCCAAUGAACCAGAUGGCCGAGUUGCUCGCCAUGGAGGCGAGGAUGGGCGAGGAGGCGGUGGCGAAGCUGCUCGCCGAGGCGGACGUCGAGACGGAUGCGGUCUCACCAAAACCGGCGCCGUAA